CUUGGAGGCAUCGAGCCCUGCCAGCGGAAUCCGGGGGCAGAUUUCUCGGGCGAUAACAAAGACACACAGUCACUUCAGGGCUCUGCCACAAAUCCUUAAUUGCAAAAAAAAAAAAAGAAGAAGAAGAAGGGGGGGAUCCAGUGUCUUGCACAUCCAGUGCGAGGGUCUCCAGGCGGUAAGGGGUCCUUUGAUCAAGAAAAUCCAAUUAUUUGUGUAUAUACAUUUCCCACAUAGUGAUUACUUCAUUAAUUGUCCCGCCUUUAUCUCCUCCCUUCCCAUCCCCCCUAAUAAUCAGUUCUUUUAUCCCGACCAACAAACACACCAUAGGAGCUUUGUGGAUUCAAAGGAUUUGCUUUCGCUUCUGAAAGAGCCGCUAUUCUUUGAUGAUUGGGUAGCGGCAAACUUCAAAGCCGUAAAUCUUCCCUCUGACUGGCUGGCGGCCCCGCAAAGUCCUUAUCAAAUUCUUGGAGGUGAUCCUGGAGCCGGCAGACCGUCCGCGCAGAUCGCGCCGCGCGGGGGGCGCCGCGGCCGCGCGGGCCGGAGCCAGGGGGAGACCGCGCAGCCCGCGUCCGCCCCUCGGCGCCUCCAUGCCGCGGCCCUGCCCCGGCGCCCUGCCCUCGCCGCGCCGGCGCCGGCGCUAGCCAUGGCCGCCGUGGCCGUGCUCCGCAACGACUCCCUGCAGGCUUUCCUCCAGGACCGCACGCCCAGCGCCUCCCCGGACGUGGCCAAGCACUCGCCGCUGGCGCUGCUGGCCGCCACCUGCAGCCGCAUCGGGCAGCCGGGCGCCGCCGCCGCGGACUUCCUGCAGGUCUCCUACGACCCGGCGCUGGGAUCGCCGUCCAGGCUCUUCCACCCGUGGGGCGGCGAGAUGCCGGCGCACUCGCCGGGGGCGCUGCCGCCGCCGCACCCCAGCCUGGGGCUGACGCCGCAGAAGAGCCACCUGCAGCCCUCCUUCGGCGGGGCGCACGAGCUGCCGCUCACCCCCCCCGCCGACCCCUCCUACCCCUACGAGUUCUCCCCCGUCAAGGUGCUGCCCUCCUCCAUGGCGGCGCUGCCGUCCAGCUGCGCCCCCGCCUACGUGCCCUACGCGGCGCAGGCCGCGCUGCCGCCCGGCUACUCCAACCUGCUGCCGCCGGCGCCGCCCUGCCGGCAGCUCUCGCCCAACCCGCCGCCCGACGACAUCCCCUGGUGGAGCCUCCAGCAGGCGGGCGCCGCGGGCGGCUGCGGCCACCGCUUCCCCGCCGCGCUGCAGCGCGGGCUGGUGCUGGGCCACUCGGACUUGGCGCAGUACCAGACGCAGAUCGCCGCCCUGCUGCAGACCAAGUCUCCCCUGGCGGCCACGGCCAGGAGGUGCCGCCGCUGCCGCUGCCCCAACUGCCAGUCGGCGGCGGGCGGCGCCCCGGAGGCGGAGCCGGGCAAGAAGAAGCAGCACAUCUGCCACGUCCCCGGCUGCGGCAAGGUGUACGGCAAGACGUCGCACCUGAAGGCGCACCUGCGCUGGCACACGGGCGAGCGGCCCUUCGUCUGCAACUGGCUCUUCUGCGGCAAGAGCUUCACCCGCUCCGACGAGCUGCAGCGGCACCUGCGGACUCACACGGGCGAGAAGCGCUUCGUGUGCCCCGAGUGCGGCAAGCGCUUCAUGCGCAGCGACCACCUCGCCAAGCACGUCAAGACCCACCAGAACAAGAAGCUCAAGGCGGCGGCGGACGGCGUCAAGCGGGAGGACGGCCGCGACCCGUGACCGCCGCGCCGGGACGAGGGGCCCCGCGGGCGGACGGGCGGGCGGCUCGCGGGCUCGGCCGGCCCCGGCCCCGGCGGCGGGACGGCGGCGGCCGCGGCCCCGCGACUGGACGCUGCGGGGGGCUGGGCCGCACCGGGACGGGCGCCGCCGCCCCUUCGCCCCGCGGCGGGAGCGGGGCCGGGGCCGGGGCCGCUGCCUGAGGGGCCGGAGCGGUCGCGGGGGGGGCUCGCGGGCGUCUGGGCGGGGGGCGGCGGUGAGGCCAGCCCGGAGACCGGUCCUCGCUACUUUCAGGGGAAAAGACUGAACUUUUGUGUACAGCUUAUUUAAUAGUUUCGUUUGAAUACACGUGUUUUUUUCCUUGUCCUUGGCUCCAUGCGGGGGCUCCAGCAUGAGAUGUUUCUGUACAGCGACCUGCGACUGCAGCGUGAAAAUAAACACGUUAACACUGGGGUCACGUUGGGAAGACCCACUGA